AUGUUGUUCGCCGUCAUGUUCGCGGCGACGCGAUUCCUCCAAAUCGUCACCUUGAUCCCAACCAUGGGCAUGCUCGCCUGGUUCGUCGAUGGCUUCGUAAAGCGCAACGUUAUCGUCCCCGACUCUAUCCUUGUCCUCUUCAUCGUCUCCGUCCUCGCCCUCGCCUGGGCUAUCUUCACCCUCUUCAGCUAUCACCGUAGCAGCACAAAUGCACUCUUCGUCGCAGUCAUCGACCUUGGUUUCGUUGGUGCCUUCAUUGCCGCCGUCUGGUACCUUCGCGGCAUCAACUAUGUCGACUGCACAAACCUCGCACGCGACGGCCGCUGGUCUGCAAACUUCCCCGGCCUCGUCACCAUCUCUGGGCCCCGCUUCAACCUCUUCACCGAUAAGCCCUGUGCCAUGCUCAAGGCAUCUUGGGUCUUUGGCAUCAUCAACACCAUCCUCUUCUUCUUCACCGCCGUUCUCGCCUGGAUGCACGGUGACCGCCUGUCCUCCAGCUACGAGCGCAAGUCCUACCACCACGGCCGUCACCGCCGUCACCGCUCCCACAGCCACCGCUCCCACAGCCGUCGCAGCUCCCACUCUCACCGUCGCGUCUACGUUUAA